UAUUUUGAACUAAAAUAACUUAAUUAUAAGGUUGAAUGAAUUUGACCUUUUUAAAAACUCUUUUUCAUUGGUGGAUUUUAAUUUAUGCAUUACGUAGGCAGUAAACAACUUUCUAUUGGUCGUCUAUAUUUUUGGCGGUAAACUUUUUUGUCUCUUGCGCUUCUGCCUUUUUGGUUCAUUCUGUAUUCGUUUGACAAGAAGAUCACAUGUUGAAAAUUCUAUUUUACACAAAUUUAUUGAAAGUUAUUCUACAGAAUUGUUCCACAUAUGUUGGUAUUUUAUUUGAUUUAUGGACUGGUGUUUUAUUCAUCAGGAUUUUAUAGUGCAUACCAAGAGGAGUUUUCGUAUUCAGUAAAUAAUAUUUCGUUGAAUACGAAUAAACUUUAUUUCGGUACUUCGUGCCGCGUAAGCUGUUUGUAUUUUGGGACUAACAUGGCGUCCAAGGAACUGGAGAAGAAAAAAAUAUUACCUUCUAGAGGUAAAAGAGUGGACUAUAAAUUGUUAAAUGACGGAUUCGGAGAUGAAGACCAGGAAUCCUUCUGGACAGAGGAACACAUGGAAGAUAUUAAAUUGUUUUCCGAGGAAACUACACAAGCGACCUUGUUGCCAACUUCCGCUUCCGCUAAAAAUGUCAGUUUUCACGAGGAUGAUGAAUUUUCUGGGGAUACAGACUUGAAUAGUAAAAGUCGUCAGACUGAUUCUGGUAUCAUUCAGAUGAAGAAGGAGCUGAGCGCCUUACAACAAGAAGAACGGGUUCUUAAGGAACAGUUAUCCGAAGCAGACGUAUUGAGAAAACAAAUUGAACAGAAGAAACAGGACGUUAAAAAAUUAAGAGAACAUGUAGCUCAUCCACCACUUCGAAAGUGUACAAUUGUCUCAGACUCCAUUGCCAAAAAUGUGUCAGGUAUUUGGGAUACUCAAAUAACAGCCUUUCCUGGAAUUAAUAUUUCAAGGUUAAGUUUUCGUAUUUCACAAGGUCAAGUUGAUCUUAGAUCUGCUUAUGUCAUAUUACAUGUUGGUACCAAUGAUGUAACUGGCCCUCGUUCAGAAGAUGAGAUUAUCUCAUCUUUUAACGAUUUGAUUUCCAAUGUUCGUCAACAAUCUUCUGGAAGCAUUAUUGUAUCUGCAAUUAUUCCACGCCCUAUAGAUUUUGAUACUACUGGUAAUAGGGUUAAAAAUUUAAACAAUAAAUUGGUUCUACUAUGCAAAUCAAGAAAUGUUAUUUUCAUUAGAACUUUCAAACCCUUUCUUAAAUGUGGCUUGCCCCGUCGUGAGUAUUAUGCUAUAAAAGACGGUGGUUUACAUCUUAAUCUAGAAGGUACAAGGCGUUUGAAAGAAUUUUUCAUUAAUACCAUUGCUCACUUAAAGUAAUUACAUCUUAGUGUUGGAUGAGCGCUACAUGUUUACUGCAAGUUUCAAUAUUUGUAUUUCUAGACAGCUUGUUAAGUAAAAUAUGUAAUUCGUAAUUAUUAUAAUCUUUAGAAUAUACAUUCGUAAAAUAGUGUCAUGUUCUAAUGUCAUUAUAUCUUUGCUUGAGGCACUUGGUUACUCAAGAAAGAUUAAAUCUUACAAACUGGCAAUGGCUAGUAUUGAAGAUUACUUUCUACUAAGGAGGUUAAAAGAAUGCCUCUUAGUGGUUUUGUUAUUGUGUAUACACUUGUUGUAGAGUGUUUCAGGAUAUUGAAUUUAAUGUUUAUAUUCAAAUAUAUGCAUUAGUUGUUAUAUGUACGUUAUGCCUUUGCUUGAGACACACUGUUUCUCAAGAAAGGCUCAGUCUCGUAAGCUGGUAAUGACCAGUCUUGGAGAUUAUGCUACUAAGGAGGUGGUAUGAAAUCCUCUUAGUAGAUUUGUAUGUAUCUGAACU